AUGGUGAAUUUGAAUGAUGACCUGGUGGAUGAAAUAGUGGGGACUUUCUCAGAAUUUGGAGAAAUAAUCUUAGUGAGAUUUGUUGAUGAAGACAUGUGGUUAAUAUUUAAGAAUGGUCAAAUGGCUUUAGAAGCUGUACACCAGGAUAAAUUAGAGAUAGCUGGAAAGAAAAUCAGUGUACGUUUAAAGACAGCCAACUGGAAAGAAAUAAACCUGCUUGAACUUAGGGCAUCGUCCCUGCAGACAGAGCCUCUCUUUAACACCACAACUAAUAGUUUACUGGGCGAGGAUUUUGAAAUUGCCGACAUCGAUUGUUAUGAUAGUGAAGGUGAUGAUGAUGACGAUGAUGGUGUAGAAGAACAAGAACCAUUACCAGAACCUAUACACCCAUCCCGGUCCGCUAGCAGUUCUCCGCAUUCAGGAACACAAAGUCCUGCAGAGGCCAUGAUGUUAUCUGGCUCAAACACAAGUUUAGAGAAGGCUGGUGUUCCCCCUCCACGUCCGCAACCAGCCAGUCAAUCAAGGCCGCCACCACCUGCUGCCAGGCCAAGGGAGACCACUCCUCCACAACAACAAAAUAUUGCAGACACGCUUAUUGUCCCUGAACAAGUUUCAAAAGUAAGAGGAGCUGCACCAGAGCAAUCUGUAAAUAAGCCUGGGCCUCCACAGAGACCAGGCCCUCCAGCUAAGCCCCCACCCCCUCAGCGACCCCCAGGAGGGCCUCCAAGACCAUCAGCAGGAGCACCAGGAGCUCAAUCCAAACCACCAAGUUCUCCUCAAAGACCAAGGAAGCCUAUGUCAGGCCCACCAAUAAAACAACCAUUAGGACCACAAGCUAUUGGCAAAAUCAAGUCCAAACAACAGAAUAAGAUCACAAGAAUCGGGCUACCAACCAAUGUUACCCACAUGGGUCAUGCCAAAUCACCUGAGGAGGCUGCGGCUCUUAUAGAAAAGCUCCUUCAGUCUGGCGGGCCUGAUAUGAAAGGCACGUUACCGGCCCCUUUAAAACCAGGCUUGAAGCCAAAUCAAUCUAACAUUCCAAAAAGUAAAACCUCAGAUAACAUUCCAUUAUCAGCAGACACAGUCCUCCAACCACCACAAGGCAUGCAACGUGUCCAAAGUGCUGAAAACAUUACUACAGCUAGUUCACAACCAGUUCCUGCUUUGAGGAAGGAUAGCUUGGAAGGGAAGGAAGCUGAUGAAGAAUCAAAACCAAGACCCGCCCCAAGACGAAAUAUUCAGAGUUGUUACAUUGAAUCAAAUAGUGGAUUAUCAUCCGCAGGUCCGACCACAGCCCCGCCCCCUGUUGUUCCGAGACCACAGUCUAUGAUAGAUAGAGGCACGUUACCAGCUGUGCCAAAAGCUUUACCAGAGACUAGUCAGAACUAUUACUCCAGUGUUGUUGAUCAUAGUAAAAUUGAUGCGGAGAAAGGACAAAUAUUACUGAAUGGGUCUAAUAAAAGUGAAACUGUUUACGAACCAACAGAAUAUGAAACUAUAUGGGGUGCAAAAACAACUAAUGUUGGCGUGGUAGCCCCAGCCUUGCCAGCUGUUCCUAAAAGACGAGAUUUGGCACCGGAAGGAGAGUCGCUUUUAGAUAAACCUAUGUCACCAAAUGCUAAGAAACCAAGCCGGGACCCAUUUGAUACCAGUGCAAUAUCUCAAAUGCUUCCAACUA